UUGGUUUCUUCUUCUCUGCAGAUAUAUGCGUUACCAUAUAUGGCAAGGGCGUUCCAAGCGGCGCCACCACGUCACUUUUUCGUCACGUCCGGUUCUUCCUUUCACUUCCGAUCUCCUAACAUGGCGCCGCUAAAGCAGAGAAGGCCUGUGAGCAGGAAGUCCAAGAAAGGAGCGGUAUGGAAGUUCACCUUGGACCUGACCCACCCGGUGGAGGAUGGGAUCCUGGACUCGGCCAGCUUUGAAACCUUCCUCAAAGAGAGGAUUAAGGUAAACGGAAAGACGGGGAACCUGGGCAACAUCGUCCAGGUCGGCCGCAUGAAGAACAAGAUCAACGUCCAGUCCGAGAAGCAGUUCUCCAAAAGGUACCUGAAGUACCUAACGAAGAAGUACCUGAAGAAGAACAACCUCCGUGACUGGCUGAGGGUCGUGGCGUCCGAUAAGGAGACGUACGAGCUGCGUUACUUCCAGAUCAGUCAAGACGACGACGAAGAGUCAGAGGCAGACGAGUAAACGAUGGAGAAUAAAUGUGGAGGGAAAAAAUA